GCGAGUUCUCGCGAUAUCAGCGUCCCGUCUGUGGGAGUAGCAGGGAGAGGGGAAGAAGGCAGGCGGCAUCAUGGCGGAUAGAGACAGUGGAAGCGAGCAAGGAGGAGCGGCUAUGAGUUCCGGUGGUAGCUCGUUACACCCGGCCUCAGGACUCGGAGGGUCGGCUCUGCAGCACGAAACCCAGGAGCUGGCCUCCAAGCGAGUGGACAUUCAGAACAAGCGCUUCUACCUGGACGUUAAGCAGAACGCUAAGGGCCGCUUCCUAAAGAUCGCCGAGGUCGGGGCUGGCGGCAAUAAGAGCCGGCUCACCCUGUCCAUGUCAGUGGCCGUGGAGUUCCGCGACUACCUGGGGGAUUUUAUCGAGCACUACGCGCAGCUAGGACCCAGCAACCCGGACAUGGCGCAGGACGAGCCCCGGCGAGCGCUCAAGAGCGAGUUCUUGGUGCGGGAGAACCGAAAGUACUACAUGGACCUGAAGGAGAACCAGCGGGGCCGCUUCCUGCGGAUCCGCCAGACGGUAAACCGCGGCCCGGGCCUGGGCUCCACGCAGGGCCAGACCAUCGCUCUGCCGGCGCAAGGACUGAUCGAGUUCCGCGAUGCUCUGGCCAAGCUGAUCGACGACUAUGGGGUGGAGGAGGAGCCCGCCGAGUUACCCGAGGGCACUUCCUUGACGGUGGACAACAAGCGCUUCUUCUUUGAUGUGGGCUCCAACAAGUACGGCGUGUUCAUGCGGGUGAGCGAAGUGAAGCCCACCUACCGCAACUCCAUCACCGUCCCGUACAAAGUCUGGGCCAAAUUCGGGCACACUUUCUGCAAGUACGCCGAGGAGAUGAAGAAGAUCCAGGAGAAGCAGCGGGAGAAGCGCGCCUCCGAGCAGCAGCAGGAGGAAGCGCACGGGGACGACGGCGACGACGAUUGAGAACGGUCGGCACGCGACCCACAACCGAUCGCGUCAGCCAGAGAGAGAACGAGAACUGUUCAGAAUACCGGAUAAAAAUGAAAAAAAAAAAAAAAAAAGAAUACAACAAAAUAUACAAAAAAGUGUCCUCCUCCUCGGGAGCACCGCCCACCAACCUCCACAGACUGACAGAUCGUGACUUGUCACUCCCAUCGCUGGAUGUCGUCCACUACCCCACCGUAUAAACAGUAAGCAGCUGCUAAACAGAGUAAUAACAUUAUAUAUUGAACUGUGUUUCCUACUUGAUGAUGAAGAAACUAUAAAGGAUUGAGUGUUUAUUUCCCUGAUUAACCCCUAACUUUUCUACACCUGCUAUGAUGAUGAUGAUGACCAUGAGGAUGAUGAGCUCUAUGACAGACACAGGUCCUUUUCAUGUCGCUAACAUUUGACUUUAGCACAAAGAGAUAUUUUAGAAGACGUAAAAAGAAAAGAUUUUUAGUUUUUCUCUUUUUUGUUUUGUUACCAAAUUUCCAGGCGGCGGAGCUGGAGGUGGUUAGCGCCUUUUCCUCUAGGCCGUGUACAUAACCAGGGCUAUAGGCAUGCUGUGUGUCUGGGCUUUGUCUCCAUGUUAUGCAGAGGUUUGUAGAGUAUCAAGGUACAUAGGUUAUUCAAUAAAAAACAAACUAAAAAGUGCUCUCUUUUCUACAAUAUGCAUUGCAUUUGGACCUAGAGCAUAAAUGGUCGGUGACGAUUCUGUGAAUAUGAAACAAACGAUUAAACGAGAACAUUUUAAAGGAAA